UGCUGAAACUACUAAAGAGGAAAAUGUAGCAGCUGUGACCGUAUCUACCGAAGAUUCCAAACCACCAGCGUCAGAGAUACCACAAACAUCUGAGGAUCCACCGGAAGCCGCGAUUGAUGACUCAAAAAAGGACAAAAAGAAAAAAAAAAACAAAUCAACAAAAGAGGAAGAAAAAAAGGCACCAACAAAAAAGAAACCACCAAUUGCGGCUAUUCGUGCACAACUAGAGGCUCAGCGUAUCGCUGAGGAAGAAAGACUACGGCAAGAGCAGGAAGAACAAAAGCGAAUUGAGGGUAAUCAUUAUAACGAAAAGAAAGAACGGCUUAAAAAGGAGGGUAAAUAUUUAAACGCUGCUCAAAAGGCAAAGCAGCAACAAGCCCAAAGGCGGUUGCAGCAGAUGAUAGAAUCUGGGUAUAAGGUAGAGGGUCUUGAUAAGGACGGUGAACAAAAAACAAAAAAAGUAAUUUACUCUAAUAAGAAAAAGGGCCAAACAAAACAAAUUUCUGAUAAAACUGAGGUGGAUGUCUCAAAGCUAUCAGUGGGCAAUAGCUCAGGAACUCUAGAAAAUAUAGAAGUUGAAAAAAAAAUUGACACUAAUAAUGACACAAAAGAAGAAAACGAGGAAAUAGAAAACAAAUCCAUCGAAAUAAAAGAUAAUAUCAGAGAACAAUGGGAUGAGUCAUCAUCAGAUGAAGUAGACGAUGGGACAUCAGAUUAUGAAAAGAUCCCAACAAAUGAUGUCACUUCAAUUGAAAUCCCACCGGUGGCUCCUACAAAAGUUGAUACGUCCAAAAAGCAGGAGCCAACAGAGGAUGUCAAUACAGAUUCGACGCAAAAAACUAUACCAGCCAAAUUUCCCACGAAACAAGAGCCAGCGUCCGCGUCAGUUAAGGAUGCAAAGUCAAAAGCUGAAUCUGAGAGUGAGUCAGAUGAACCUGAAUCAGAAGAUAAUGAUGAGGAUAGCGAUGAAGACUCUGACAAUGAAAAAAUGACAGAACAUCAAAAACAAAGAAACAAACAAAAGGUUGAGGCUGCGGAACGCCGAAAGAAACGAUAUGAAGAGGCACUCGCCAAUAGAUCUAAAGACGAUUUGAGAUCGCCAAUCUGCUGUAUCUUAGGACAUUGCUUUGGAAAGGGUACUCCUGUUUUAAUGUAUGAUGGACGAAUCAAAGCUGUUGAAACAAUUAAAGAAGGUGAUCAAGUGAUGGGAGAUGAUAGUACACCUCGCAAUGUUAGUGGCGUCACCAGUGGCAAAGGUGUUCUUUACAAAAUAGUACCAAUAAACUGUAGAUUUGCUCAGCCUUUUGUGUGCAAUGAUGCACAUAUCCUUGUUCUUCAGAUGAUGUCGGGACCAUCCUUGCAAUCUCAAUGUAGCAAGGAUGGAAAAGCAUUAUUUAGGCUCGUUUACUUUACACAUGAUAGUGUCACAAAUUUGAUACAAAAAAAAGUCAAACUUUAUCCGUUUCGAAGUACGGACUAUUCUACUAUCAAUAGUGCUAAGCAAAUUGCCAUUCGCGAUUUGGAAUUACUUAAUAGGGUUGAAAAACUCAAUUUGGAUGACUCGAAUUCCCGCAUUUCUACCGUGAGACCAGGCUUCAUAUGGCAACCAACCGUUACCCAAUUUUUAAAUUGUGAUCCUGAAGUGCAGUCUCAAGCCAAAAUGUUUAUUCCAGGAAAAGUUCGAUUUCCGAGUCAAGAGGGUGCGUUUGGCAAAAUCGUUGAGAGUAUGGUCGAUAUACCUUCUUCUCCUGCUAUUAUUAAAUUAUGUGCGUGGUUAGUUGGCUUUUGGAUUGGCACGAAUAUAGUUAAUAAACACAGAAAGUGUCAUUUUUCAGACCAUGGCAGAGAAAUUAUGUCAGUUUAUAGAAUAUCAUAUUCUGAAUAUAAAGCUGCAAACCGCAAUUUAUUAUUCCGCCUUUUGCAAGAACUUGACAUCUUUAUAUACAAAGACAUUCCUGACAUCAUGAUGCUCGAUGAUAUUAUGCAAGUUCGUCUUCCUUUACUUUCAGGUAUUAUUUGUAGUUUUGGAGAGUCACAAGAUAAAAUUGCUAGGAUGGUAAAAAAAGAUGACCCUAUAAUACGAAAAUUCGUCCGCCUUUCCCGUUCAUGUGGUUUCGCGUUAUUCUCUUAUGAUUCGGUCUCUGGAACGGAUAGAAAGGGGGUUACAAGGUCACAAAAGAAAGAACAGUAUUGGAGAUUUGAAGUUGAAGAAAUUGGAAUAGGUGACUAUUAUGGCUUCGUAGUGGAUGGAAAUCACCGCUUUUUAUUGGGUGAUUUCACUGUAACGCAUAAUACAAAAUUGUUAGAUAAAGUCCGCCAAACGAAUGUCCAAGAAGGUGAAGCUGGAGGUAUUACACAACAAAUUGGUGCCACCUAUUUUCCCAUGGAAACUAUUAAAACAAAAACAGCACCGCUUAAUAAGGAUGGAAAGCAGCAAUACAAACUCCCAGGAUUAUUGAUUAUUGAUACUCCUGGCCACGAGUCUUUUACUAAUUUACGUUCAAGAGGAUCUUCCUUAUGUAAUAUUGCCAUACUGGUAGUCGAUAUAAUGCAUGGGCUAGAACCGCAAACAUUAGAAUCUAUAAGAUUACUGCGAGAUCGUAAAACCCCAUUCAUUGUAGCUCUUAAUAAGAUCGACCGUAUAUACGAUUGGAACCCUAUACCAGAUAAUGCUUUUCAGGAUUCUCUUGAGAAGCAAAGUGCAACUGUCAAACGCGAAUUUCUGGACCGAGUUGAACAAACUAUCCUAGCUUUCGCAGAACAGGGAUUAAAUUCUUGUCUUUACUAUGAGAAUAAGAAUUUUGCUAAAAAUGUUUCACUUGUCCCGACAUCCGCUAUUACUGGAGAGGGAAUUCCUGAUAUGCUCAUGCUAUUAGUAAACCUAACGCAAACCAGGAUGAGCGAUAAAUUAAUGUACUUGUCUGAAUUGGAGUGCACAGUUUUGGAAGUUAAAGUAAUUGAAGGUCUUGGUAUGACCAUCGAUGUUGUUCUUUCCAACGGCGUUUUAAAUGAGGGUGAUAAAAUUGUUCUCUGUGGUCUCAAUGGGCCUAUCGUAACAACCAUUCGUGCAUUGCUGACACCACAGCCAUUGAGAGAACUUCGUGUUAAGUCAGCAUAUGUACAUCAUAAAAGUGUGAAAGCUGCUCUCGGUGUAAAAAUUUCAGCACAAGAUCUUGAGAAGGCAGUCGCGGGUUCUCGACUUUUGGUUUGUGGACCUGAUGAUGAUGAAGACGAACUCAAGGAAGAAGUCAUGUCUGAUCUAACGAGCUUGUUGAACUCUGUUGAUAAGUCAGGCAGAGGUGUAUGUGUGCAAGCAUCUACUUUAGGUUCUCUAGAAGCACUUUUGGAAUUCUUGAAAGUAUCGAAGAUUCCAGUAUCGGGUAUAAACAUUGGCCCCGUACAUAAAAAAGAUAUUAUGCGUGCAGCUACUAUGCUAGAGAAGGUUAGGGAGCUUGCUGUUAUUUUGUGCUUUGAUGUUAAAGUUGAAAAAGAAGCACAAGAAUUAGCAAAAGAGCUUGGAAUCAAAAUUUUUGAAGCAGAUAUUAUUUAUCAUUUGUUUGAUCAAUUUACAGCGUACAACAAGGAUAUUGUAGAGCAAAGGAGGAAAGAUCAAGCGCCCCAGGCAGUUUUUCCUUGUGUUCUUAAAAUUGUACCUAGCGCCAUCUUUAAUAAAAGAGACCCUAUAAUCCUAGGUGUUGAUGUUGUUGAAGGUGUUUUAAGAACCGGGACUCCCAUAUGUGUUGUUAAAACCGACCCUGCAACUAAGACCCGAGAAAUUAUAAGCCUUGGUAAAGUCGCAAGCAUGGAACAGAAUCACAAAGCAGUGGAUAUUAUUAAAAAAGGUCGAUCUGGUGCUGGUGUUGCAAUUAAAUUGGAGUGUCCAGGGUAUGAAACUCCAAAGCUGUUUGGAAGGCAUUUCACCGAAAGUGACGAGUUAUAUAGUAGAAUUUCACGUCAAUCUAUUAAUGUGUUAAAGGAAUCAUUUCGAAAUGAUUUAAGCAACGAAGAAUGGGCUUUAGUAGUCAAGCUGAAAAAGAUUUUAGGCAUUGAUUAG